AUGAGUACGAAUUCGCAAAGUCAUCACUUUUGGCAAGUAGCCCAGAAUCAUCUUGGCUAUUAUCAAGCUCCAGCAAAUAAUCACUACGUUUCAAGAAACACUGAUAACCACUUUGCUCCGCCUAAUUUGCAUCAUAACUCUGUUUUUACUGGUCCCGAUCAUAUGUAUUAUGGACAGAGUUCGUUUGAUCACAUUGAGGAUCCAUAUUUAUGGAAUGGCUAUGCUGCAACGACAAAUUAUGACACAGGUCAGUCAACAGGUGAAUUCAUUGAUGAUGUUUAUGUUACAACUGAAAGUGAACUCAUUAAUGAUCCCUACGACACAACUGAAAGUGAAUCAAAUGAUGAUGGAUAUGAGACAACUGAUUGGAAUCAGAUUUUAGACAUAAUACGAGACCUUUAUCGCAUGAACAUCGGCAGUCAUCUCAGUGGACAGCCACUUGAUUAUGGAACUUUGCUUGAUCUUUUGGCAGAUAUGGAAGGCGACAAUGAGGAGGCUGCAGCAGAGGAGAUCAUAGAAAAUUUGAUGAAAGCAAGAAUUCAUUGUUGUACUGACUAUGGAGAAGAAAUGUGUGUUAUUUGCCAAUGUGAAUAUCAUAAUGAUGAGACAAUUGGCACUCUUGAAUGCAGGCAUGAGUUUCAUGCAGGUUGCAUUGAAGAAUGGCUGAUGAGGGGGAAGAAAACUUGUCCAAUUUGUAGAUCAUCAGUUUUUCCAUCACAGGAACAUAGUUUACGAGAAUUUUGCCUUAAGUUCCUAGAUAUUGUUUUAUUGGUUAUUAAUUGA